AUGACGAAAUUCAACAGCUCACAAUGGGCAUUGGUCCUCUUUGUCGCUUUAGGGAGUGUUACCUAUGGCUAUUCUUCUUCAAUCAUCAGCACAACACUCGGCCAGCCCAGUUUCUUGUCCUAUUUCGAGCUGGACACUAAAUCAAACCGUGCGCAACUCCUGGGCGCGAUCAACGGGCUCUUUUACUCCGGAGGACUUAUUGGAACACUUGUCAGUGCGCCAGCAGCUGAUGCGUUUGGGCGCCGCAUGGCCAUGUUCAUUGGCGGUUCUUUCUCAUUUGUUGGCGGAGCCUUGCAAGCAGGCAGCGUUCACAUUGCCAUGUUUAUGAUAUCCCGAGCGCUUACUGGCGUGGGAAUAGGCAUGCUGCUGUGUCUUGUUCCCUUAUAUCAGUCCGAGCUCUCACCGCCACAGAUCCGCGGCUUGCUUGUCGGCACACACGGAGUGAUGCUCUGUCUGGGAUAUUCUAUCGCAAGUUGGCUCGGGGUGGGCUUCUACUUUGUAAACGUCCGAGGUGCCCAGUGGAGGAUGCCCCUCGCCAUUCAAUGUAUCUUUCCUUUUUUGCUCUGUCUAGGUGUUCUCAAAGUUCCCGAGUCUCCUCGGUACCUUAUCCGAUGCGAGCGCAUUGAAGAAGCUUACGAAGCUUUUAAAUCUGUUCAUGCCUUCAAAGAGGAUGAUUCUGAGCCCUCUAUGCAGCUGGAGUUUGGUGUCUUGCACGCACAAAUACAAGGUGAAAAGGAAAUGGCGACAGGCUACCGUGAUCUCCUUAUCCAGCCAACUUUACGGAAGAGAUGUUUGGUGGGGUUCCUCACAUGCUUUGCGGCCCAGGGUACUGCCACCAUGGUGAUCUCAAAUUACGGGCCAAUGCUUUACGCAAGUCUCGGUUAUAACACGAUCCAACAGUUAUGUCUGUCGGCAGGCUGGAUCACUAUAUGCCCAUUUGGAAACCUCUUCAACGCGUUAGUUGUUGACAAGAUUGGACGGGUACCUAUGCUCAUUGUUGGUUUCGUCGGUACUACCCUUUGCCUUGCUGGGGAAUGCAUCACCGUCGCUAUAUUCAACAAGAAUGGCGAUCCCAAAGUGGCGGCAGCUGCCGUGUUUUUCCUCUUCUUCCAUUUGGUCUGUUUCUCCUCGACGAUCGACGCGACAAGCUACAUAUACUCUGCUGAGAUCUUUCCGACUCCAGUCCGUGCCAAAGGUCUUGGUAUCUCCGUUUCAGGACUGUUCGUCGCUACCAUUCUUUUCCUCUCCGGUGCCCCCAAAGCAUUUGAAACCAUUGGAUGGAAGUACUAUAUUGUUUUUAUGGUAGUCACGACAAUCAUGAUCUUUGUGGCAUACUUUUUCUUCCCCGAGACCAAGGGUGUCCCGCUCGAGGAAAUGGCCGCCAUUUUCGGGGACGAGAUCAAAUACGAAACAAGUGAUGUUCAGAAGAAGGAUGAAGUCGUGUUGAGGGCUAUCCACGAUGAGUUCUCGCAGGAAUCAACCCAUGCGGAGUAG